CGGACGAUUAACCGAGUCAGAGGGGAGUGUGAAGCAAAAGAAAAAACAAUACCGGUAUCUCGGCAGAAUUAUAAAAGCCCUAGCGAGCCAGUGUUUGGCAUCAGUUGUAUCAGUGGCAAUCAUACCAAUACCAUCAUAACCAUCAUCAUGAAAUUCUUCAAGGCUUGUGUUGUCGGUUUGGCUUUAAUAGCUCACUGUGUUGCUGAGGAUGCAAAGACCGAUAACAAACAGACCAACAAGAGAAGCUUAGGCCUUUCAGGAUCAUCGUCGUACGGACUCUCCGGUCUAUCCGGAUACUCCGGGUCAUACGGAUACGGUUCCGGUCUGCCUUCAUACUCACCCGGUAUCGGCCUCGCCUCCCCCAUCAGCCACUCAUAUGCCGCUCCCUCUAGCUACGGAUACUCCGCUCCAGCCAGCUACGGAUACUCCGCUCCAGCUAGCUACGGAUACGCUGCCCCAGCUAGUCUCGGAUAUUCUUCCUUGGCUGGUCACGGUUACUCAGCCGGACUCGGAUACGCUUCCUCCGCCGGACUCGGAUACGCUUCCUCCGCUGGACUCGGUUACUCCGCCGCCCCGAUCGGUCUUGGCUACGCCGCCUCUUCUGGUUAUGGAAUAGCUGCUCCGUCUUACGGUUACGGUAUCUCAGCCGCUUCUUCCGUGCCAACCAGAGUCAGCACUUCCAACCAGGUCGUGUCCGUGUCCGUACCACAGCCAUACGCCGUUCCAGUGACCCGUCACGUGCCCGUACCGGUCGCACAACCCGUGCCAGUGUCUGUACCUAGAGCCGUCCCAGUCAGCGUACCUCACCCAGUUCCCGUCACCGUCAACAGACCAUACCCAGUCGAUGUUCCCAGGGCUGUCCCAGUCAGCGUGCCCCACCCAGUUCCAGUCACCGUCAGCAGACCAGUGCCAUACCCAGUGCCACAGCCAUACCCAGUAGAAGUACAACAAGCUGUCCCAUACUCCGUCCCGACCCCAGUCGUCGCCCCAGCUCCAGUCUCUUACGCCGUCGCUGCUCCAGCUCCAGCUUCGUACGCCAUCUCUGCUCCAGCUUCGUACGCCGUCUCUGCUCCAGCUCCAGCCAUCAGCAUCGCCUCAGCACCAGCUUACGCAUCGGAAUCUUACGCCGCACCAGCAGCUAGCAUUGCCUUGAGCGCACCAUCUUACUCAUCAGCGUCUUACGGCGCCGCCGCUCCAUCAUACUCUGCCGCGUCUUACAGCGCCGCCGCUCCAUCAUACUCUGCCGCGUCUUACAGCGCCGCCGCUCCAUCAUACUCUUCCGCGACUUACAGCGCCGCCGCUCCAUCAUACUCGGCAUCGUCUUACAGCGCCGCCGCUCCAUCAUACUCUUCCGCGACUUACAGCGCCGCCGCUCCAUCAUACUCGGCAUCGUCUUACAGCGCCGCCGCUCCAUCAUACUCGGCAUCGUCUUACAGUGCCGCCGCUCCAUCAUACUCUUCCACAUCUUACAGCGCCGCCGCUCCAUCAUCAUACUCGUCGGCCUCGUCCGAUUACUCCAGCAUCCAGUCCGGCAGCGGAUACAGCUCAUCGUCGGGCAUCAGUUCCUCAUACGGACCACCGUCGACAAGCUAUUCCGGCAGCAGCGAAUACAAGAAGUAUUAAAUCGUUCACUAUCCUCGAUUCGCGUCCCGGCGCGCGAACUCUAUUCAUUUAGAUGUUCGUAAUACUUUAAUACUUUUUUUACACUUAUAAUGUAUACUACUUGUUAAUGUUUUGUACUUUCACAACUUUUCGUAUGUUUGUUAUGUUAGUUUGAAUUUGUCGUGUCGUUUAUUAAAUAAAAAUGAUUAUGACUGAAAA